AUGCAAAACUCCGUUAGCACCGCUCCGGCCGAUGCUCUAGCCGCCAAGGCUGAGCAGAAGGCCGAGAAACGAGAGCAACGCCAGAAAAAGAGUGCCAUUCAUUAUCCAUUCUGGUUCGGAGGAAGCGCCAGCAGUAUGGCUGCGUGCGUGCGACUUCAAACUCGGGCCCCCGAUGCCCCCAAGUCCAUGUCAAGCACCUUUCUCAAGAUCAUCCGGUCCGAAGGCCCCAUCGGACUCUACAGCGGCAUCUCGGCCUCCUUGCUCCGCCAGAUGAGCUAUUCGACAGUCCGGUUCGGCGUUUAUGAGGAAAUGAAGUCCCGCUCCGGAAGCGCAGACGCCUCGUUCCCAAUGCUCCUCGCCAUGGCCUCCACCUCCGGCUUCAUCGGUGGAAUCGCCGGCAACGCAGCCGACGUCCUCAACGUGCGCAUGCAGCACGACGCCUCCCUGCCCCCCGAACAGCGCAGGAACUACAAGCAUGCCAUCGACGGCAUGAUCAGACUUGCGCGGGAGGAAGGGCUGGCGAGCUGGUUCAGAGGGUGGCUACCCAACAGCAGCCGUGCCGCCGUCAUGACCGCGAGCCAGCUGGCCAGUUACGAUACCGCCAAGCGUCUCCUUCUCGAUUAUACACCCAUGAAGGAUAACCUGAUGACGCACUUCUCCGCGUCGUUCCUGGCCGGUCUCGUCGCCGCGACUGCGACGAGUCCCAUCGACGUUAUCAAGACCCGUGUGAUGUCCUCCCACCAGGACCACGGAAUCCUGCGGUUGAUAAGCGACAUUAAUCGCACUGAAGGACUGGGGUGGGUGUUCAAGGGCUGGGUUCCCAGCUUUCUACGUCUUGGACCCCACACGAUAUGUACAUUUGUAUUCUUAGAAUUCCACCGCAAGGCCUAUAGACAGGUUCAGGGCAUAGAUGAGGCAACCUUGUAG